UAUUUGCUCAAAAGUCUUCUUGGCUCUCCUGAAGAUAUUGAGUGGCGAUUACUAAUACAAAUAUAAAUUUAAAGAUGGGACAAAAUGCAAAGCAAAACCAAUGAAACCAAUUUCCAUUGCAUGGUCAGUCAUGUAUAAUCUCACUGUUUCUCCUCCCAAAGGUGAAGUUAAGGAGCUCUUGUUCCCCAGUAGCCUCACAUCCUCCGACCAGUUGGUGCUGAUUAAUGCCAUCUCCUUCAGAGGGGUCUGGAAGUACGCAUUUCAAAAAGACCAAACUAUGGCCAUGGCUUUCAGAUUGGAUGAGUCUCAGAGCACAUCUGUCCAGAUGAUGCGUCUGCAAGGGCACCUGAAACUGGGCUCCAUCACAGAGCCUCCAGGCCAGGUUCUGGAGCUGCCCGAUGUGGAGGAUCGCCUGAGUUUGGUCAUCAUCCUACCCAGCAAGGAUGUCAGUCUUGGACAGAUUAUCAGAGAGAUCACUCCUGAGAAACUCAAUAACUGGAUAAGCUCAGGCAACAUGAAAGACACAGCUGUGGUCCUGCACCUGCCGCAGCUCAGGCUCGAGGGGUUCCCUGAAGACCUGGCGGCCGUACUGGCGGCUCUGGGAAUGGUGGAUGUCUUUGACCCCUCGAGGGCUAACUUGUCUGGCAUAAUUGCAGGAGGAGGCCUUGGGGUCUCCAAGAUAAUACACAAGGCCGUGCUGGAGGUUAGUGAGAGUGCUUCAGAGUUCACCCUAACCAACCAAACAAUCAAAGUGGAAAAUCCUGAAAUAUUCAAGGUGGAUCAUCCUUUUCUCUUCUUUAUCUUACACAAGGAAACUAAGAUGAUUCUUUUCUAUGGCAGAGUCUCCAACCCUUAAGGGAUGGGAUUUAUAGUCAGCUUUCUGAUUCUUGAAAUUAGCUUGCAGAAAAUUCUCAGUAUAGGUACAACUAAAAGGGAUACACCAUACUUUUUAGCAAUGUUUUGCCUUCAACUAUCUCAUGUAGAACAUCCAACCCAGCCCUUUUUGGUUUGGUUGACUUUGACUAAACAAGUUAGAGCACACUGUUAAUUAUACUUAUUAAAAAUUAUAAUCCAUACCAUUUCUUUUUCCUUUAAAAAAAAAUAACAGCUUUGUUGAGAUAUAAUGCACACACUGUAAAAUCCUCCAUUUAUUU